AUGGAAAGUCACCGGAAUUUCACCACAAAUGCGGUCGGUUUCUUCCUCCUGCCUUCGGAACUCAUACAGUACAUAAUCCUCCGGUUAGCUUUACCCGAGGUUGUCCGGUUAAAAUCGGUCAACAAGUCCAUUUCGUACAUGAUCGCCGACCAGGACUUUGUCCGUGACUAUAACCACCAAUCCCGCUCCUCCACCUGGCUGUUUGUCUACAAGAAACGAUGGCACCGUGAUUCCAUGCUCCACGGCUACACCGAUUGUUCCGUGAACCGGUGGUUCAAAAUCGUGAUAGCUGACAUGUUAAAACCGGUAGUUCCGCCGGGGGAAGACCUGUACCUGUUAACGGCGUCCGGCAAUUUCUUCCUUUUCGCCCUGAACAACAGUCGGGAGGUUAUUUCCGUCAAUCCCAUGUCCAGAACCGUUAGGAAAAUCCCUCCUAGCCCGUUGGGUCCCCGGGGGACGUCGUCGUGGCGGCGAUCGGGGAUGAAAUUGAUCUCCUGUGCCCACAACUCCGAUCAUUUUCGGUUUCUAUUCGCGGAAAUGAUUGGGAAUCAGUCCGUUUUAUUCGAGUACGAUUCUGAAACUGAUUUGUGGACCUCCACCGAGGUGGAAGAAAGCGACGGCGGCGGCGGCGGCAGCGGUGGUAUAAGGAGAGUAGAAUCAUCCAGCCACAAAAAGACUAUUUUUCUAAGUGCAUAUAAUGGGAGGAGUGGGAGUGUGGUUAUUGCUAAAGGGACUGAUUACGCCACCCCUGUUGUUCUACGGCCGAGAUUCGCUGGAUUAGGUAGCGACGACAACGAUCGUGGCGCCCCGCUAGCCGUUGGAUUCAGCUGGGGGAACGCGAUCGACCGCCUACACGUGUACGGCGAUGGGAGUGUGAUGAUCGUCAAGUCUUGUGACGUCCUGAACCCCAACAGGAGGCUGAUCAGGAUGCUGAUUGGGAUUGAGCUUUGGGGAUUGAGCUCAAGAGGAGAAGGAAAUCAUCAAUGGGAAUUGGUUUCGAAGGUUCCAAUAGGGCUUGUUGAGAAGAUUAGGAAGCCUUAUGGUGCUAUGAUGGGGUGUAUGGAGCAAAGAUUUGGAGUGGUUAGGGCAGCUUUGAUGUCCAAUUUGGAAGGUGUUUGGGACAUCAUUUGGUUGUGUUAUGAUUUGGAAUGCAAGACCUGGAAUUGGGUUCCAAUCCCAGACUGCAAGAUGAAAGGUGCCAAUAUGGCUGGAAUUGCCUUCUCUUUUGGCCUUACACUCAGUUGA